AUGGACGAAGACAAGAAAUCGGACAUCGAGUCCCAAUCCCCUCCACGCGCUCCGUCCGUCGGCAUCGUUAAAGAUGUCAGCGACGCCGAUGCCGCCCUCGACUUCCUUCGCGGCGAAGGUCCCGUCCGACCCAUGACCGCAGAGGAUGAGAAACGUCUCGUUCGCAAGAUCGACUGGAUGGUCAUGCCGCUGAUGUGGUCUUGCUAUUGUCUGCAAUACCUAGACAAGACUUUGAUCAACUACGCCAACGUCAUGGGGUUGCAGGACGAUGCGAACAUUACAGAGUCCCAAUUCUCGACACUGGCACUGAUCUUCUAUGUGUCAUAUUUAGGACUGGAGUUCCCACACGGAUAUGGAAUGCAACGCUUCCCAACAGCAAAGUAUCUCGGCCUCAUGGUGGCGCUGUGGGGAGCAAUCGUAGCCGUGACCAGCGCAUGCAAGAACUAUGGCAGUCUGGUGGCUACGAGAGUUCUCCUCGGCUGUUUUGAAAGCGCCGUCGCACCAAGCUUGAUCCUGGUCACCUCAAUGUGGUACAAACAUGGGGAACAACCGUUCAGGGUUGGACUCUGGUAUCUAGGCGUUGGCACCGGCACGAUCCUAGGCAGCAUCGUCAGCUUCGGGUUCCAGCACUACAACGGUAAUGCGUUCACGAACUGGCAGGCGAUGUUCUUGCUGCUGGGUCUGAUUACGGUUGCUGUUGGCAUAACUGUAUUCUUUAUCCUCCCCGACAACCCGAUGAAGUCCCGCCUUACGCAUGAGGAGAAGGUGUGGGCCGUGCAGCGGUUGAGGGAGAAUCAGACGGGUAUUGAGAACAAGCAUUUCAAACCUGCCCAAGUUCUCGAAUGCUUUCUCGACCCUCAGACAUGGCUGCUCGGCUUCAUCGUUAUAUCCUCCAACGUCCCCAACGGAGCGGUCUCAUCCUACCAAGCAACCAUCAUCCGCCAAUUCGGCUUCGACAGCAAAACCACCGCCUUGCUCCAAAUACCCUCUGGAGUCAUCUCGAUGAUCUCAAUCUCCUCUGCCACCUAUCUGGCAGGAAGAUACAACAUGCGAGGCAUCCAGAUCAUCUCGCUGCUCAUCCCCGGUGCUCUUGGAGGCUGCUUGAUGGCGUUCGUGGACAGCAAGCUCGGAAAAUUGAUGGGCAAUUAUUUGACGAAUGUCAUUGGCAGCAGUCUUCCGUUGAUGUAUAGCUGGGUCGCAGCUAACUACGCCGGGCAUACUAAGAAGGUCACCAUGAACGCCUUCCUCCUCAUCUCCUUUUGCGUGGGCAACAUCAUAGGCCCGUUGACCUUCACGGAGAAGUCGGCGCCAGAGUACAUUCCUGCCAAGAUUACCAUCAUCGUCACUUGCCUCGUCGCUGUGGCAUUGACGCUGGCGCUGCAGGCGUACUAUAUAUUCGAGAACCGAAAGAGGGCGAAGAUGAUACGGCAGGGAAUGGUGGAGCAUCUGGAGGAUAUCGAGUUUGCUGACAUUACUGAUCGGAAGAACCCGGAGUUCAAGUACCGGCUGUAG